GCGACAUCGCGCGGUGAAUCGCAUGGAUGCGCGAAUUUGAAAAUCUUGUAACUGUAACGUAAACAGUUGGAUCGUGAGAACAUCACAGAGAACCUUGUUAUUCGACUGGAAUAUGAGGUCCGUGAAAUUCAGGAAUUUAAUGCACGUUUAACUACCAAAAAGCCGGAUGCUUAAUUAUUUUAUAAUAGUGAAGUGUAUCAUUCGAGCGGAUUCACAGGCUAUUCUGAUCUGCUUUAAACAGUGUGUGCAACUCAGCUAUAAACAUCGAAAAGUCCUUGAGAACAAAGCAUCGGAGAAAAAUAUCGCUCCAAGAUGUGUGACUUGAUAGAUUUAAAUAGCCCCAAAGUGAAAAGUUUGGUAAAUUCCAAACUAGCAUCACCUCUGAUUCCUGUGCCCAGAAACGUGGAAUCCAAUGAACAAUUCAACUCUUUAGUGACGGAGAAACGCGAGAGUCUUGAUAAUAAUCCGUUUGACAGCGUGUUAUAUGAAACCACUGAGUAUAUUAGAAAAAAGGAUGAUCCCUUUGAAAUAGUGCUGCAGCGAGCUUUGAAGUCCAAAAGCAAAAUAAACACAGAACUGAAAGCUCAGUCUGUGGAUUUCAUGGAUGAUUUUACCCCAAAGUGCAGGAGAAAGAAUCAACAGAUGAUGGACAAGAUAUUGAAUAAAUCCUUGAUCAAAGGCAGUGAGAGUUCAAUUGAUGAAGAGAAGAAGGAAAGAGAAACUAGCAUUGUUGCUAAUAAUACAAAUGUUGCUUGUGAUAGUAAUGCGGCAGAAAAUAACAAGUUUAUCUCUGAGCAAAAUAACAAAAUAAUAGAUGCAGACCCACAUGAAUUAUCAAUUUUAAAUCAAUCUGCAAUGAAUGAUACAUUGUUGGAAGCAAGCCCUAAACAUAAAGUGGAUAAUGAAAUAUCAAUCUUUUUAGAAAAAGAUCCAUCAUUUAAAAAAUUUGUUCUUCCCACAAGUUUGAAUCUCAAACCACACUUGAAUCUUCAACGCACGUUAUCACAAGAAGGUAGAAAAUCACCGAGAAAAUUACAGUAUCGAGAUAGAAGAUCACAAUCUACAACAGAUACACUGAAAAAAAUUUCACAAAGUGAUAGCACUAUAUUAUUAUCCUUAAAUAAAGAUUUGGAAAGUAAACAGAGCCAACAGCUUCUAAUUUCUAAUCCAUCAGAUAUUUUUUCUAUGACAAAAUUGAAUUCUGUCUCAUUACUAUCAAAUCUAUCAUCGGUAUCAUCAAAUGGCGUUAUGAACACUGCUUUCAUAAAUAGCAACUGUUUAAGUAACGAGAGGAUAAAUACAGCUGAGAAUUCUAUGGAGAUAAAAUCAGUACAAUAUGACUUAUCUGACUUAACAGAAAGACUUAAUAAAUUAAAAUGUGCUAUUGAUAGAACAACUAGUACUCUGAGAAUAAAGGAAGAGAUUGACAAAUUUAAUUCCAUGAAAGAAAAGGAUAACAAACUGACUAUAAAUGAUAAACUGAUAGACAUUGAGGUAUUCAUACCAGAAAGUAGUUGCAAUGGAGAACACAAUAAAAGUACAAGUUCCACUACCUCUUCAGAUUCUGUAUUCAUUGACAGUGGCAAAAUAAAUAAGUCAAUACUGAAUGAAGCUAAGGCACUUGCAAGAACUUUUGAAGAGUUAUCUCUAAAAACAGAUUCUGGAUCUAAUACAGAUGACUUAAUUUCAAAUAAUAUUCUGUGGGUAUCAGAACUACUACCAGCAUAUGAAGAUGAGAUUGAUAAUUUAAUCGAAUUGCCUAUCUCGCCAAAAGAAAACCUAAAAGUCGAUAAAAGCAAUGAUUUGAAGCAAUUUCCUGUAAAUGUUAAUAACGCGAAAGAUGAUCUUAUGAAGGAAAUAAAACCACAAUUUACUGAUAAUGUUUCUGUAAGACAAACAAUGGUAACCACAUUAUUAUUAGAUCUCAAGAAAUUAGUAAAAACAGAAAAUAACUCAGAAGUGAGUAAAUUAAUUGAUAAUCUAGAGAAUGCAUUGGGUGUAAAAUAUAAAGAUAAUCUAGAACUGUUAGCAAACUUGAAUAUGUCAGACAGAUUACACAAUUCUAAAAUGUCUGAUGAUAAAUUGGAUGAUAUCGAGCAGUCGGAUAAAGCAAAUAACGACCAGAAAGAGAGUAAAAAAGUGUCAUCUGAGGAAAAAAUCUGUGAUGACGAAAGUUCACCACCACACAUAAGUAAUGGAUCAGAAAAUGCAUCACAAACUACAACCGUCAGCAGCGACAAUUCAUUAACCCAAACUUCAUCUUGUAAUAAUAAUAGCGAGAAUCAUCUUAAUAUUACAAAAUCACCUCAAGCAGCACCAAAAGAUAAUCACUCGGACGAAAAACUAGCAAUAGAAUUGUUAGUUAAUCUGGGGAAAUUGUUGAUCGGUCAGACUGAGGAUGCCACGACUUUACAAUUACUUAAAAGCAUUGGAAAGACAUUGAACGUCGCAACAAAUAAUUGUAAAAUUAAAGAGGAGUCGCAGACUAACGAUAUUUCAUGUAAUACUCGACGAAUUACCGCCGUGGGAACUGUAGAAUCUGAACGUAAUGAAUCUGGGUUCAGUUCGAAAAAAGCUACAUAUGAACAAAGUUUUAACUCCAAACCCCUAAAAAAAGCAAUAAGAAGAAGCAUAUCCACGAUUAAUUCGUCAAGCGCAAACACGUCAAACACGUCAAUGAAUACAAAACGUAGAAGCAUAUCUGAAUUAAAAGUUCAAAAACAUCCCGCACUCAUCAAUAUGAUGGGAAAUAAGAAGAUUCUAAUUUCAGGAGCCUCAAAUACGAAAACCGUGAAUACUGCAGAGCUCGAUGCCAAGAACGAAAAAUCAUUAGCGAUAAUUGAUGUUAAAAAUAAGUUGAAAAAAAAAUUAGGUGUAGUUAGUAGCAGAGGUCCUAUAAAAGCGGUACAUCCAGUAGGCACUAUGCAAAAAAAAAUGUCACUUGGGAAGCCAACUGCUCCAUUUUCUGAAGUCACCACGCCACCCAAAUCCCAUACUGUUUCUUCUGGCAGUAAAAUAAUCAGUAGCACCCCUAAUUCAAUAGUUUCGACAACUCCAGGUGGCCAAAGCAAUGGGUCAUCGAAAAUGCAUUUAAUGUCCACUAAUAAAAAACGUAACUUUUCUUGCGACAUUUCGCCGGUAAUUACACAGAAAGGAGGAAGUCCUAAGAGAUCUAGCAAGCCACCGACUAUAAAAAAGGACACACCUAAACGUCAGCAAACGGAUUUGUCUGGUAUUCCAAAGUACUGCACGCCGCCGAGAAAACUCAACGCCUCACUUGAUAUAAGCAGUCAUCAGCAGCAGCCUUCGCAAUAUUUGAACAAAAGUUUAACGGAUUAUCAACGAUGUUUUCCUAUUCGUCCGAAGAGCGCCGAAAAAAAACUGCGAAGUCCUCUCAAAGACAGUAACAAGAUCUUUGCAAGAGUGAAACCAUUUAAGUUGAUCUCUAAACUUAAGGGAAACCCCACCAGCGAUUUUGCCGAUAAGGAGAAUUACUUAGAGUAGAGGAUAUGAAACAAUUGUGUGCUGUUGUAUCUAAUAAUUCAUAAUAUAUAUCUAAUUAAGUAGGAUAAUAUGCCUAUUUUCGUAUUAGAGACUCCUGAAAUUAGAAUGUUAUUUAUCAUCGUAUUGAUAAAUCCGGGAUAAUUUGAGAAAUAUUUUUGAUCUUUUGAUUCAGAUAUGCUUCUACGUUUUGUAUUUACUGGCGUGUUUGACGUGUUUACGCUUGAUGAAUUAAUCGUGGAUAUGUUUCUUAUCUUUUUCGAGAGGGGCUACACAGAAGAUGUAACGGCACACAAUUGCAGAAUAUGUAACGGCAAUCAAUUGCUCUCAAUAGAGGUAAAAAUAGAACAGAAGAGAGAAUGCAUCAUUUAGAAGUAAUAGUGAAGAAUAUAUAUAAUUUUAUCUUUUUUUAUUUGUGAUAUUUCUAUGUUUUAUAAUGAAAUGUGCGAUUAUAUGUAUUGUCAGAUUAUUAAGAAAUCCUGUGUCACACUUCCAGUUUGCAUUUCCGAAGAAAUUUCUAUAGAGUUAAGAAAAGAUAAAAAUUAAACUAAAAAAUGAAUUGUGUCCUAAUUAUCGAAUAAUGCAGGCUCAAUAAUUGAAUGGUCAUUAAAUAAUAUUACUAAUUGGCAUAAAGAAA